ACGUUCGUGAAUGCACUUCCAGUGGUGAACAUGUAACAUUCGCGGUGGUUGUCAAUUGUAGACUGUGACAAAGUAUCCAGCCCUAUCUGGCAGAAACAUGAACACAUCUGAAAGCAACUAAUUGUUACUUAAGAAAGGCAAAUAGAUCACGUGCGGUCUGGCAGGGGUCCAAAAUGUUCGGACAUUAACUGGUUAUUUGGCUGGCUACUGUCGUAAAGUCAACUUUACCAAGUGGAUUCAAAGCAAGAUUUUGUUAAAUGAACAUAUGAUCGGAAUGGAAGGCUGUUCGCAACCAUUGUUUACAUUUGGAGUUAUCGCUGACAUUCAAUACGCCGAUAUUGACGAUGGAUUCAAUUUCAAACGUACACGGAAACGAUAUUAUAAGAGCAGCCUUCGGCUUCUUCGCAAUGCCAUAGAAAGCUGGGAAACGGCACCUGUCAAACCCGCGUUCAUUCUUCAGCUCGGAGACAUUAUCGAUGGCUUCAACAAGAAAUACGACGCGUCGCAUCAAGCGUUGGAAGCGGUCAUGAAAGAGUUCGAGUCAUGUCCAGCGAGUGUUCAUCACGUUUGGGGCAAUCACGAGUUUUAUAAUUUCAGCAGAGAGAGUCUACUGCAUUCCACCCUGAACAGUACGACAUUUUCUGACAGGGGAGGGCGGCCCCCAACUGGUGACAUUUACGCCUACCACUUCAGUCCAGUCCCCGGCUUCCGGUUUGUCCUCCUUGAUGCUUACGACGUAAGCCUGCUAGGGAGAGAGGAGUCAAGUGAACAAUAUCAGCAGGCAAUGACACUUUUGAAAGAGCACAACAGUAAUGAAGAUCUUAACCACCCUCCAGCCUCUUAUGGUCUUGUGCAGAGGUUCGUGAAGUUUAACGGGGGAUUCAGUAAGGAGCAGCUUGAUUGGCUGGAACGAGUUCUGAUACAAGCCGACGAGGCCCACGAGAGGGUCACUGUCCUUAGCCACCUCCCUGUGCACCCUGACUCUACUGACCCAAUCUGCCUGGCCUGGAACUACGACCAACUGCUGUCCAUCCUGCGUUCUCACAGCAGUGUGGUCUGCUUUAUGGCAGGACACGACCACGAAGGCGGUUACCAUAGAGACUCCCAGUCAGGCGUGCAUUACCUUACUCUGGAGGGUGUCAUCGAGACCCCUCCGGACAGAAAUGCUUUUGGAACAUUCUCGGUUUAUCCGGAUGGAAUGAUCCUAAAGGGUUGUGGCAGGAUUUCUGAUAGAGAACUUCUGUUCCCAUGAUGCAUUGAAGGAAUGCCUUGUGCAAGUUUGUAUAUGCUUCAUACCCAAAUAACACAUAUGUGCCUUCCUACCUCAAAGAAUUCAUGGCACUGCUGUGUAAUAUAUCCAUGCAGUGUAGACACAGUGAAAUAGCAUUUGAUUGGAAAAUCAAUAUUAGUCGCUUAAAUAAAGUUUUGAAGUUACCUGUAUAAUUUGAAUUAUUUUUUUAAAAGGGUGAUGAUUAUUUGAAUUGGUUUAGCAAUCUGCUUAGAAUGCUUCAUGAACAAGGCAGCAAUGAAUGAACGUUGCACUGUUAUAUGGACUGUUAAUUAAAUAUUUAUUGAUGAACGAA